AUGGUCUCCUUCACCCAAGCCCUCCUCGUGGCCAGCAGCGUGGCCAGCACCGCCCUGGCGAUGCCCUCGCACAUGCACGCGAACCGGCACACCGCCGGCGUCAACCACCCGCACGUCACGCUCGAGCACCGGAGCAUCAACUCGACCUCCGGCAAACGCGGCGCGGCCUACAACAGCGCCAGCACGGUGACGACGCUGGCCAACAGCGGCGCGGUGACCUGGGGCUACGACUGGAACAUGUACAGCGACGGCCACCUGCCGGCGCAGGUGGAGUACGUGCCGAUGCUGUGGGGCAGCAAGAUGUUCGGGACGUGGUUCACGGCCAUCGAGACGGCGCUGAACAGCGGCAGCAAGUACAUCCUGGGGUUCAACGAGCCCGACAACAGCGGCCAGGCCGCCAUGUCCUCGGCCGCGGCCGUGUCCGCCUACCAGCACUACAUCACCCCCUUCAAGGGGAAGGCCCACCUCGUGACGCCCGCCGUCACCAACGGCGUCGGCGCCGACACGGGCCUCGCCUGGGCCGAGAACUUCCUGUCGGGUUGCGGCGGCAGCUGCGGCGUGAGCGUGCUCGCCGUGCACUGGUACGGCGACUCCGCCGCCGACUUCAAGACCUUCGUCGGCCAGGCGGUGGCGCUGGCCGAGCAGUACGGCCUCCAGGAGACCUGGGUCACCGAGUUCGCCCUCAACAGCGCCGUCAGCGCCGGCCAGGGCACCCAGGAGGCUGCUGCCUUCCUCGAGGAGGUCGUCCCCUGGCUCGAUGCCCAGAGUGGCGUCGGCCGCUACGCGUAUUUCAUGUGCGCCGAGGGCUACCUGCUGAAUGGGGACGGGUUGAGUGCCUCCGGCAAGGCGUAUAUUGCUUGA